AUGUUUAACGAAACGAAUUGCCAACAAAUGGCUCAAGUUGCGACGUCAUCAAAUCUCAGAAUUCACAUAUCGAUGAAACUUCAUUUCAACAGCAAAUGUGUCCUUUUCACUCAUAAUUUCUUUGUUUUAAUCCAUUGUGUUGCACGUAUUGGACUUCAUGGAAAAGAUCUUAUCAAUUACUUUGAUAGCUGGAAUAGCGGGUGCGAUAUAAUACCAUCCCGAAGCAGAUGUGAUAUCAGAAUAUUCUAUAAAUUCUCCGAGUAUAUAAUAGAAAUCAGCCCAUUCAUUUUGACGAUCGAAAGAUUUGUGGCGACGUUUCAAGCAUAUCACUACGAAAACAGAUACAAAUGGUUUGGAAUUGUUCUGAAUAUUCUUCAUUUAUCUCUCGGAAGCCUAUUUCUGUACAUCCAGAACUCUACAAACACUGGGGAAGUUAUCAUUUAUUAUUGCUGGCUAGCCAACACCGGAAACCGGUUCCUUGUCAAUGUACCCACUUUCUUUAUAUUUUUCAGUCAACUUGCCACAAUACCCGGGUUACUGUACCUUUUGAGGAAGAAUGAGUGGAAUUUACAGAAGUUCCGAGAAGCAUCUUUACAAAAACAUUGUACUCUUACGGAAAGAUAUCAAAUUUCUGAGAACCUGAGGACAUCGAGCAUGUUUCGAAUAAUGAGUAUUGUGACAUGGAUUUUUGUGGUUUAUAAUGCAGGUGGAGCGUAUAUUGCACACUUUUACAUGGGGUCAAUGGAAUUCGCAGAUCAAUUUGCAAUUGUGGAGAUAAUCCAUGCUAUACCUAUCUACUACAUAAUACUCAGUAUUCUGAUAAUUCGAGUAGACAAAAAGCCUCAGAGCGAGUUCACAAUCAGAGUGAACACCUACCAACCUCAUUAUUUCAUCGAACUUCAAAAGUUUUUCGAUGAGGCAUUUGAGAAGAUCAACUUACGAAAACAAAAAGUUGUUCCAGUUCAAAAAAACAAGAUUCAGAAGACACAGACUUCGAAGGUAUUCAUUGUUUCUACCUGA